AUGUCAAAAUCAUCAUGUUUGUUGGAUGUAGAAACAUCCUUUAAGCGCUUCGUGUUGAGAGUUUUAACACAACGUGGUGGUGAAUAUAUUCAAAAAUUGUCUUACAGUUACAUCGCAUAUGAUGCACGACAUUUCCUUACAAAAGCCUUAGCUUAUGCCCCAAUCCACAGGGCUAAAAAGCUUUGUAUUAAUACCUACUGUGCAAAUGAUUUGCUGUGGUCAUCUUUAUCUGCUUGCAAAUUCCUCACUAUCUUGCAGAUUUCAUGUCGGGUUUCAUCUCACUUAGAAUCCUUGGUGUUACCUUCUUUGAGAAUGUUGGCACUGGGUAAUGGUGUUGGUGACUUUUCUUCCUACUGCUAUUAUUCUGACUAUGACUGCAAAGACAUGCCGUUGAAUGAAAGCACUUUCUCAGGUUGUCCAAAUUUGGAAUGUUUAAUUUUAUUUCGUCUUCGGAAGAGUGCUCAUGUUUUUGCUCCAAAACUUAAGAAUUUGGAGCUGGAUAAUGAUACUUUAUCUUUCUCAAACAAAUUAUAUUUUCCUGAACUUGUGUUGUGUACGCCAAAUCUUAGGAGUGUCGAGUUUAGGAAUGUUAUACCUUGUUUGAAGUCUGCAUCUGAGUUUGUAUGCGUACACAAAGUAUAUAUAACAGUCGAUAACAAUUAUUUUGGACGAGGCCGAAACCAACAAAAGAUCAAGGAAAAUCUGAGUCAGUUGCUUAGAGUCUUUCAUAAUGCUACCUCUUUUACUCUACCUCCAAAUGCAAAACAGGUUAUGUUUAAAAGCCCUUCUUUAAAUGGAUGUUCUUUUCAUAAUUUGAGACAUUUGGAAUUCAGAACAAAUUGGAGCAAGGAGAUGAUAGAGGAACCAGUUUCUUCAAACACAUUCUCCAAUUUCAUAGACUGCCCCAAUUUACGAACCUACAGGGUUCAAUUAGAAACAAUAUCUGCAUCCUUAAGUUGUCAGCUGAGUUUAGAGGACAAGCUUUCCUUCCAAGUAAUGUGGAACCUUAAGAAGAAGAUCAAGAAAACAAAAACAAAUAGGGAAGACAAAAUCAGCCAUGUCCCAGAUUGUGUUCUUCAUGAAAUUCUCUCCACCUUGAACACAAAAUUCGUUGUCCAAACUUGUGUUCUUUCCAAACGGUGGAAAAACCUUUGGACUCAUAUCCCCACACUCAACUUUCAUUACAACAUUUACUCCUCAUUGUUAUCAUCUAAAAAUGAGGACGAGGAAUCCAAACAAAGAUACUUCAAAUACUUCAUCAUUCGAGUUUUAUCGAAACACUGCGCCACAAACAUUCAAAAACUCACCUACACUUCCUCCGGAGACGAAGAUGAAUUGGUUUUAGUAGAAUUCUUGAUAUGCUACGCUGGUUCCCACAAUGUUCAACAACUUUGCAUCAAUGCUACCUAUAUUGGUGUUGAUGAUCAUGUCUGGAAUUACUGUUUUUCCACAUGUUCAUCACUCAUUCGAUUGAAGAUGAUAUGUGGGUUCGUGGAUAAUUGGGCAUUCCUGGCUUUACCAUCCUUGAAAUUUUUAGAGAUUCAAUGGGAUUGGUUGCAUUGGGAUGAGAAGGCAAAUUACAAUGGAACUACAAUGUUUCCAGGCUGUCCAAAUUUGGAAUCUUUGGUUUUCGUUGACUAUCUAUUUGAGAGUGCUACUAUUUCUGCUCCUAAACUUGAGAAUUUGGAAUUAUGUUCUUUUUCUGACUUCGGUUUAACUUUUCCGGAAGUUGAAUUGUUUACCCCAAUUCUUAAAAGUGUCAACUUCAUCAAUGUGUUGCCCAUUCUCAAGUCUGAUUCUGAAUUUUUGUGCAUACAUAAAGUAAAUAUACAACUUGAAGACUCUGUUUUUGAAAGGGAAUACUCAGGCCCAAACAAACAAAAGUUCAACUCAAAUUUUGGAGAGUUGCUUAGAGUGUUUCAUAAUGCAAGGUCAUUCACAUUGCCUUUGAAGGCAACACAGGUCGUCUUGUCCAAUUAUUUCAAUGGCUUAUCUUUUCAUAAUAUAAGACAUUUGAGGUUGAAAACAAAUGACACCGGCAUCCUAUUCAAGCAUUUACUAAAAGCCCCCAAUUUGGAGACCUUCGCUGUUCUCAAUGAGGAAUGCAAAGAUCCAACUCUAUCGGAUUCUUUUUAUUGACAUUAUCAAAUGGAGGAUGCUCUUUAAUUUUAGGCUUUCUUUUGGUGGCGAUUUUCUACUUAAUUGUUAUGUUUAUUUUAAUAUUAUUUUGAACUAUGACCUUUAAGA